GUUUGAAGCCAGCAAUGAAGUUAAGCCGAGCUACAUUUCACAUCAGUGCACUUUCCAUCCAUGUGUUACGUGCGUUUGAGAGGCAUACUUGUUACAAACGUUAAAUUUUUGCUUGUGCUCGUGUCGCGUAGUGUGCAAGGUUAUCGUUAAUUUCUUUCCCAACUAUAACCUUCAUUGAAAAGUGAGAAAACUUACGCGAGCAGACAGGCAAAAUGUCUUUCAUGCGAGGACCUGCUCCCGUUCGGAGGACGCUGCAGUAUCUCGAGAAAGGUCGCCUGGUGUUCAAGGACCGAGUGAAAAUCAUGAGCCUGAAUUUCAACACUGCUGGAAGAGCCAGGGAUCGGCACGAAGGCAUGAAAGAUUUCGUCUUCUGGUUUCUGCCUCAGGUUCAGUACAAAAAUCCUGACGUACAGGUCGCUAUAUUCAAGAACAUGACGCCGACGCCGUUCGCCAGGUUCUGGCUGGAAGACGGCAAAGAGGUCAUCAUGGACGUAGACGGAAAGAGCAAGGAAGAGAUCCUAAACCAAAUGCUUGUGACGCUGGGCAAGACGACCGAGCAGCUACAGAGGGAAGCACUGAUGCGAGAGAAGAAAGACACGCCGGCCAACUUCGGCAGACAUUACGACAAGUUUUGCAUCUGCGAAGUGCCAGGACAAGUCCCUUGCCCGGGAAUCGUACCGCUGCCUAAAAGCAUGCGUGGAAAGUUCCGACUUGAACAGGAACUGUGAAUUAAAAACAAAGAGUGGUGCUGUUUGGAAUUGUAUGAGCGAGUGGCAAGAAAUUACUGUGAAAUUGCCGAUUCGUAUGAACUGCGUUGGCAUCGUGGCAAUACGUUGUCGCUUAUUGGUACCAGGAGUGCUGAUGCUGUAGACAAUUCAAUGAAAGCGACAAUUAUGAAUAGAACUUUGUUCCUGUGCAGAUUUCAUGAGCAUUCUUUGGGACCUGAAUGAGCAUGAAUUUUCUAUUGCUUCCCUGUACCCAUGAAUCAAUGGAAUCGCAGGAAGGCAAAAGAAUGUUUCAUCCGGAGCGCAUGGUGCAUCUCUAGAACAUUUCAUGACAGAUUUAUCCGGUGCGGUAACUACCAGCAGAAAUUCCAUACAGGCUAGAGCGACUCACCGCAAGUUUCCCUUAAAGAGGCCCUGAGACAGUUUUCUAACUAAUCCUAGAGUGACCUCACUAUCUAAGUACAUAGCCUCACAGAUCUCUUGCAGCUAACGUUUUUUUUUUUUAAUGCUUCAGUAAUAAGUGGAGUUAGUAGUAGUCAUUGCUCCAAUAAUGAGCUUUCUAUCUCCUUUUGUUUCCACUAGCAUGUUGGAAGCUACAUGGGGAAGGAGGCAAAGCCGCACCUAAAAAUUGAGUGUCUCGGCGACAAAAGGGCUCGGCGCAGCACCCCAUGGCGCCCGCCGCCCACAGUACAUUUUGUCACGCAGUGCACUGUUGCUAUCUCGGAAGCCACACGCAGAAGACACAGCUAUGCUCAACUGUCAUGUUUAGAUCUGCAGUGCAAAGAUGAACUUAUUUUUCUGUAUCUUUGAGAUAGCCAAAAUAUAUUAUCUAACUCAAUAUUAGCAAUAAUAGUA